AUCACUGUCCUCGAGGAUUCCCUCCGCAAGCAUGGCCUCUCCUAGUGCCAAUACCGUGGCCCUCAUCAUCACUCCCCAACCCAUUCCGGCCUCGGAACUCUCUACUUUGACAACAGAACUGGUGGAUCUUCUCGGCAAUCUCCAAGCUGGCACUUCUCUGACUUCUCGCCAACUCUCUCCCACUGCCAUUGAGCUCCAUCUUACGUUACAGUCCUGUCCCUCCAACCUCCGCGAAUGUAAAACUCUCACGGACACCACACCUCUCAAGAAGUUUCAAGCCCAACAUAACCUCUCCGCUCUCAUCAUCCAACCCGCCACCCUCCAUGCCGCCCACCGCACCCCCGGCCUAAUCGUCUUCGACAUGGACUCAACUCUAAUCCAACAAGAAGUCAUCGACGAACUCGCCCGUCGAGUCGGGAAGUACGACCAAGUCUCCGCCAUCACGGAAGCAGCGAUGCGAGGCGAAGCUCCAUAUACGGACUUCGCAGCCUCGUUACGGGCGAGAGUCGGACUGCUGAAAGGUGUACCGGGCGAUGUAUGGGAUGGGCUAAAGAAGGAUGUCAUCACGUUUACGCCUGGCGCGAGGGAGCUUGUCAAGGGAUUGAGGCAGGCGGGAUGGAAAUCUGCCGUGCUGUCGGGUGGUUUCAUGCCGUUGGCGGAAUGGGUGCAAGCUGAGCUCGGGCUGGAUUUUGCGUUGGCGAAUUUCUUGGUGGAGGAGGAGGGGUUGCUGACGGGCGAGUUGUUGGAGGGCAAGGCUAUUGUGGAUGGUGCGAUGAAGGCGACUGUGUUGAAUGAACUCGCGGCGAAGUGGAGCGUUGAGAAGGAGAGGGUCGUUGCGGUUGGAGAUGGGUCGAAUGAUCUGCUGAUGAUGGAGGAGGCUGGUAUGGGUGUGGCGUUCAACGCGAAGGAGAAGGUGCAAGAGAGGGCGCCCGUGAGACUAAACGCCGGCAAAGGCGGUCUGAG